AUGUAUAUGUAUGUAUGUUUUAUUAGUAUAUAUUUAAUAAAUAUUUUUAAAAUUAUCUUAAACAAAAGCCUAGCCUUUAUUUCCCAUAGUAUUUUUCAGUUUGCUCACUGCCUCGCGCGGAUGUGGUUUGUUAUACAUAUGUACAUUUAUGUAAAUGUACUCUUCAUAAAAAGAUUUAUUAUGUCAUGUCGCAAGUUUUCAAUUUCAGUUUCUAGUUGUUUUGAAAUCAUUAGUAUGUGUUUUUUAUUUAAGUUGAUUAUUAUUUACUUAAUUGUUUUAGACUCGCAUUGCUAUACCGCGGCUUACAAUUAUUUCUGCGGCAACGAUGAUUGGUGUGAGAAGGGAAAGCAUAUAAUGUGUGACACAUCUGGAAUAGAAAAUAGCGGAACAUUUAAACGGCAUAUGCCGUCGACUUUUAAAAUUAGAUGGAUGUUUUUGGAGUCUCACAAUCAGUUUCGUAAUGAAGUAGCUGGUAAACUGAAAGCAACGCGUAUGCGAAAUCUCAUUUGGGAUAAUGAGCUAGCAUUCUUGGCUCGCACAUACACUGGCUUAUGCCCAAGCAAACCGAGCAAAUGUCAUAAAACGGCACGUUUUGAGAAAGUAGGCCUUAACACAGCAACACAAGAUGGAUCAAAUCGUAUAUCAUUAGAAUCUCUUAUGUCGACUUCAUUCAAAAAAUGGAGGGAGGAGAAUUCUGAAUCUUACAAAAUUCUCACUCACGAUCAGGCAUCGCGCGUGGGGUGUGCCAUAGGUUAUUGUGCAGACUGCACAGGAGGAAAAGACCACUGUUAUUUCAUAUCUUGCUAUUAUGAUAUGGAUUAUAAAGAGGGCGUAGAAAUACAGGAUAAAGGAGAUAAACCAGCCUCGAAAUGCAACUUUUGGGACUCGGUUCAGGACGAAAAAUAUAAAAACCUCUGCCGUAACACAGGAAAAAUUUUUCAAGGCAAAACAUGAGUUUUAUCUUGUUUAGUUUGUUUUUACGGUUUCCUUAGAUCAUACAUUAUUUUAUUGUGUGUA